ACGGACAGAAAGAAGACACUUAGAGGGACUUGACUCUCCUCUUAGUGUGCUCUUCCAAACCUCUCUCUCUCUCUGCUCCCCCUUUUCUCUGUUAAUCCUUUCCUUUCAGAGGAAACGAAACAAGCCAUGUCGUCGUCCAGAUCUAGUAUGACCGUGAAAACGGUUAGGUCCAGCUUUGGAAGCAGCGGCGGUGGUGGAGGUGGCAGCUUCAGUGGUGGUAGUUUCAGCGGUGGUAUCAGGAGUGGAGGAGGAGGAGGAGGAAGACAAUUUUCCUCAAGAUCGGCCGUUAUAUCAUCAAAGCCAGCAUACUCAGUGUCAUCCAGUUUUGGAGGCGGCUCAAUGCUUAGGUCAGGUGGUGGUGGUGGUUAUGGCUUCGGUGGAGGUGGUGGUGGUGGUGGUGGUGGUUUCGGUGGUGGUUUCGGUGGAGGUGCUGGUGGUGGUGGUGGUUUCGGUGGUGGUUUCGGUGGUGGUUUCGGUGGAGGUGCUGGUGGUGGUUUCGGCGGUGGUCUUGGUGGCGGAAUGGCUCCUAUCACAAACGUCCAAGUCAACCAGACCCUGCUGGCCCCCUUGAACCUUGAGAUCGACCCCGCCAUCCAGACUGUUCGUACCCAAGAGAAAGAGCAGAUCAAGACUUUAAACAACCGCUUCGCCAGCUUCAUUGACAAGGUCCGCUUCCUGGAGCAGCAGAACAAAAUGCUGGAGACCAAGUGGAGCCUGCUGCAGGACCAGACCACCACCCGCUCCAACAUCGACGGCAUGUUCGAGGCCUACAUCGCCAACCUGCGCAGACAGCUGGAUGGGCUUGGCAAUGAGAAGAUCAAGCUGGAGGGAGAGCUGAGGAACAUGCAGGGACUGGUGGAGGACUUCAAGAACAAAUAUGAAGAUGAAAUCAACAAGCGCGCUAGUGUGGAAAAUGAGUUUGUGCUCCUCAAGAAGGAUGUAGAUGGCGCAUACAUGAACAAGGUUGAGCUGGAGGCCAAGGUUGACGCCCUUCAGGAUGAGAUUAACUUCCUCAGAGCUGUCUAUGAGGCGGAACUGCGUGAGCUGCAGGGACAGAUCAAGGACACCUCAGUCAUUGUGGAGAUGGACAACAGCCGCAACCUGGACAUGGACUCCAUUGUGGCAGAAGUCAAGGCUCAGUAUGAGGAGAUCGCCAACCGCAACCGUGCAGAUGCAGAGUCGUGGUACCAGCAGAAGUUCCAGGAGAUCCAGAGCACUGCAGGCCAAGCUGGAGAUGAACUUCGCAACACCAAGAAUGAGAUAGCUGAGCUCAACCGCAUGAUCAGCCGCCUCCAGAAUGAGAUUGAGGCAGUCAAGGGACAGCGUGGCAACCUGGAGGCCCAGAUCGCUGAGGCUGAGGAGCGUGGUGAGCUGGCAGUGAAGGAUGCCAAGGCCCGCAUUAGGGAUCUGGAAGAAGCUCUGCAGAGAGCCAAACAGGACAUGGCCCGCCAGGUCCGCGAGUACCAGGAGCUCAUGAACGUCAAACUGGCUCUGGACAUUGAGAUCGCCACCUACAGGAAACUGCUGGAAGGAGAGGAGUCCAGAAUUGGCAGUGGUGGUGGAUCUGCAACCAUCCACAUACAGAGCUCAAGCAGCGGCUUCGGAUCAGGAGGCGGCGGCGGCGGCGGCGGCGGUGGCUUUGGCUUUGGCGGAGGCAUGGGCGGUGGCGGCGGCGGCGGCGGCGGCUAUGGUAGCGGAAUGAGUAUGAGUAUGAGCGGCGGCGGCGGCGGCGGCGGAAUGGGCUAUGGCAGCGGCGGCAGCAUGGGCUAUGGCAGCGGCGGCGGCGGCGCCAUCAGCAGCAGCAGCAGCAUGAGAGUCAGCUCCCGGCGUUAUUAAAAACAGUAGUCAUCUUUCUCCAUCCUUCUUCUUCCUUCAUUUUGUUCUCCUCUUUUUGACACACCCCCUCUCCCCGACAACCACUCUUAAAAGCUUCCAUAUACUCCUAUUGCCCCUGUCCUCCAGACGCAGCAGCCUCAGAAAUGUUCGCAUGUAAUGGUACAGUGCACGUUGGCUGCUGUGUUGCUCUUCCCUCUUUGGCACCACAUACCUUACAGAGAGUCAGAGAUUACAUCAAAACACAAGUAGAGGCAGAGAGAUUAUUAGACCAUAAACAAAGAGCAGCAGAGACAUGAGUCAGUCCUCUCUUCCCUUAAUCAGUCAGCCUGGCUGUCUUUUGGUUGCUGGGUGUGCUGUCAUGCAGACAAGAGGAUACUUGUAGUGUCAUGACAGAAUCCUUACAAACCAACAGUCAUCACACACAAAAAGUCAACAGCAGUUGUUAGAUUUGCACAGAAGGAGGUCCGGAUGUUUUAGCUAGUCUUAUAAAGCAUACAUGGCAGGCAGCUCAUCCUUCAGAUCAGUCUCUUCUGUUGUCUCACAUCUGUCAUCUUGUUGUGAAUUUUAACAUCAUCAAAAGCAGCCACAUAUAACACUUUUCAUAUUUCAUUUUUGGGAUCCUCUUUUUCUUUUUCAUUAGAGAAAAUGAGCUCUCCAGUAAAUAAAUGGUGUUCUCAUCCUGCUUUACUUCCAUUUCCGCUCUGAAUAAUAAAGAAACAUGGAUAAGGCUGACUGGGACAACCAGAUUUAUUGUGAAUUUGUAACACCAAAAAGUCUGGAAUAAAUCUGAUUUCAUAUUCA